AUGGACCACUCCACCACCAACCAUGCUGGUCCAGAUCCUCAGAGCACCGAGGCCGAGCUCCUGACACAAAAGUCCCAGCCAACCCCGACUUCACCACCAUACUGGCACCACAGCAGAGGUCCUUCAUAUACCAAUGAAUCAUCCAACGACCACCUGCCCGCCAUUAUUCUUGAAGACCACACACUGUCUCACGCUCCAAGUCGAAGUGGCUUAUGGGCCAAAUCCAUCGUCAUUGAUGAUUAUGUCAUUGUUCGAGGGAGCCCAACAGGUAUUGGCGCCUACGUGGUCUAUAAUUGCAGAGUGCAAACUCUCGACGGAGGCCCAAUGAUCAUCAGGAAGCGUUACUCGGAGUUUGAUGAGCUGCGAUCCAAAUUGGUCAAAGCAUUUCCUCAGUCAACCAGCUCCUCGCUUCCUCCACUGCCUCCCAAGAGUGCUUUGUACAAGUUCCGUCCCAAGUUCUUGGAGAAAAGGCGGGAAGGUCUGGCAUAUUUUCUGAAUUGUGUUAUGCUCAAUCCUGAAUAUGCUGGAUCAGUCAUGGUAAAGGACUUUAUCUUUCCUCCAGAGCAGUGA